CCAGCGGAGUACAUCUGAGCCCCUAAAGUCUCGUCCACUCAUAGCCCUCUCUAGCUUUCUUUCUCGUGGUGAAGUUUUGCCUCUAAUUUAUUUUACAAUGGCUCGAGAAUUCAAACUCCUCUGUGUCCUUGGGCUAGUUGCAGCCUGUGUUGUUGCUACUACAGAAGCUGUACCUACUACAACUGAAGCGCCUACAACAACUACAGAAGCACCAACUACUACAACUGAAGCGCCCACAACAACUACUGAAGCACCAACUACUACAACUGAAGCUCCUACAACAACUACAGAAGCACCAACUACUACAACUGAAGCGCCUACAACAACUACAGAAGCACCAACUACUACAACUGAAGCGCCCACAACAACUACUGAAGCACCAACUACUACAACUGAAGCUCCUACAACAACUACAGAAGCACCAACUACUACAACUGCAGCGCCUACAACAACUACAGAAGCACCAACUACUACAACUGACGCUCCUACAACAACUACAGAAGCACCAACUACUACAACUGCAGCGCCUACAACAACUACAGAAGCACCAACUACUACAACUGAAGCACCCACAACAACUACAGAAGCACCAACUACUACAACUGAAGCACCCACAACAACUACAGAAGCACCAACUACUACAACUGAAGCACCCACAACAACUACAGAAGCACCAACUACUACAACUGAAGCGCCUACAACAACUACAGAAGCACCAACUACUACAACUGAAGCGCCCACAACAACUACUGAAGCACCAACUACUACAACUGAAGCUCCUACAACAACUACAGAAGCACCAACUACUACAACUGCAGCGCCUACAACAACUACAGAAGCACCAACUACUACAACUGCAGCGCCUACAACAACUACAGAAGCACCAACUACUACAACUGAAGCACCCACAACAACUACAGAAGCACCAACUACUACAACUGAAGCGCCUACAACAACUACAGAAGCACCAACUACUACAACUGCAGCACCCACAACAACUGCAGAAGCACCAGCUACUACAACUGAAGUGCCCACAACAACUACUGAAGCACCAACUACUACAACUGAAGCGCCCACAACAACUACUGAAGCACCAACUACUACAACUGAAGCUCCUACAACAACUACAGAAGCACCAACUACUACAACUGCAGCGCCUACAACAACUACAGAAGCACCAACUACUACAACUGACGCUCCUACAACAACUACAGAAGCACCAACUACUACAACUGCAGCGCCUACAACAACUACAGAAGCACCAACUACUACAACUGAAGCGCCCACAACAACUACAGAAGCACCAACUACAACUGAAGCUCCUACAACAACUACAGAAGCACCAACUACUACAACUGCAGCGCCCACAACAACUACAGAAGCACCAACUACUACAACUGAAGCACCCACAACAACUACAGAAGCACCAACUACUACAACUGAAGCUUCAACUAUUACAACUGAAGCUCCUACAACAACUACAGAGGCUCCAACUACUACAACUGAAGCUCCUACAACAACUACAGAAGGUCCAACAACUACAACUGAAGUGCCUACAACAACUACAGAAGCACCAACUACUACAACUGAAGCUCCUACAACAACUACAGAAGCACCAACUACUACAACUGAAGCGCCUACAACAACUACAGAAGCACCAACUACUACAACUGCAGCUCCUACAACAACUACAGAAGCACCAACUACUACAACUGAAGUGCCUACAACAACUACAGCAGGUCCAACUACUACAACUGCAGCUCCUACAACAACUACAGAAGCACCAACUACUACAACUGAAGCGCCUACAACAACUACAGCAGGUCCAACUACUACAACUGCAGCUCCUACAACAACUACAGAAGCACCAACUACUACAACUGAAGCGCCUACAACAACUACAGCAGGUCCAACUACUACAACUGCAGCUCCUACAACAACUACAGAAGCACCAACUACUACAACUGCAGCUCCUACAACAACUACAGAAGCACCAACUACUACAACUGAAGCGCCUACAACAACUACAGCAGGUCCAACUACUACACCUGAAGCGGGCAAAACAACUACAGCAGGUCCAACUACUACAGCUGAAGCGGGCAAAACAACUACAGCAGGUCCAACUACUACAGCUGAAGCGGGCAAAACAACUACAGCAGGUCCAACUACUACAGCUAAAACGGGCAAAACAACUACAGCAGGUCCAACUACUACACCUGAAGCAGGCAAAACAACUACAGCAGUUCCUACAACCACAAAGCCCCCAGGCCCUUGUUACGGAAGCCCAUGUGGCGAUGGGAGCACCUGCCUGCCUCGUCACAAUGAAACCUUUGUAUGCUCAUGUUUGGCUGGUAACUACAAUUAUGGCAGCGGCACAUGUGAGAGUGCUAAAGUUUUCCCCGGACAACUAGGCCUUUCUAAACUACCAUACAAAGAAGCUAUGGCUAACUCGACAUCAGAAGCAUUUCAAGACGUUGCGCAACAAAUUUAUGCAGAGAUGUCAGCAGUUUUUGGUGAUGAUGGUUACUCUAAUUGUACAGUACUGAAGCUUCAGCCCAUUGCAGUCACUAAAUUAUGGUCACGGUCAAAGCCUGGAAUCCGUGCAACUGUGGAGAUCAUUUUCAAAGCUAAUGCUCCCAUCAAAGAAUCAGUCAUUGAAGAGAAGCUGGCUGCAGCGGGUGGUGUACUGGAAGGUUCCAAUUUCACUGCUUCAAACCUGUGUGAGGAGAAGAAGCCCUGUGAUGCGGAUACUGCGGAAUGCAUCAAAGAAGAUGGAUCUUUUAGCUGUAAAUGUAUGGAAAACUACAUCAAGACGGACUUUAGUAACCGCAUGUGCAUUGCUUGUCCCAGCGGUAAAAAAGCUCAGGGCUCCGAAAAAUGUGUAGAUUGUCCGUUCGGUUAUUCUGGCUUUAACUGCAGGGAAUCAUGGAAGCUGUCACUGGUAAUCGUCGGUUCCGUGUUCGGGGGACUGCUGCUCAUCACAGUCAUUCUUCUGCCUAUUGUGGCACGCAAAUCCUCAAAGAAGAGCUCCAAGAAGGACAAAAAUGCAGACACUGGGAAGUCUUACGUCAGCCACCCUCAAGACAAGAAACCAUUGGUUAACAGCAGCUUAGGCAACAGCCAGGCAGCCUCAUUUAAUGGGUCAGCCAACGGCCUGUCAGCCUUCACCAAUGCUGGGGUGCCCAGGAUCCCACGGGCCACAACUAACAACAGCUGGGACAGCAGGACCAACCUGGAGAUGACUCAGAGCAGCUAUCGGCAAAACCUGGCACCAGCGGGGAGGAACCCACGGCUCUACGACGACCAUAAUGACAUGAACCCAUAUGCUCAGGCUCGACCCCAGAACGGCCUCUACGCUCAGUCUCGACCCCAGAACAACCCCUAUGCCCAGACUCGACCUCAGAUCAACCCAUACACUCAGAACCAAGGCCACAGCAACCCUUACUACGUGCAUGAUGAUGGAAGAAGGUUCAAUUAAAGAGGAACCACAGAAGUUUACUCUACAGUGACAUUUAACCAGAUCAAAAACUUGGUGUUGGAAACACCUCCCCCACCCCCAAAUAACUGUGCACCUUUAAUAUCCUAUAUGAGGUUAUGAGGAGUUGUAUAAACAGAAGCACAGCGGUUGGCUGAAGAAAUGUGUAGUAGUAUAAAGUCUAUGCUGACCAGCUGUGAGCUGUCAUCCAUCUUUCCUGUCUUUCCUUGACUAGUCUUUGUAAAAGUUGGGGACGUGAAUAUGCUGUUAGUCUUUUGAAAGGUUUCUCAAUAUUUUUAUUCUCAAUCAAUUAAAGUAUUACUCACUUAAGAAUGUCUGAUUAAAUAGCAUUGAAGCCAAGAAAUGACUUGCUGUUUAAUAUCAUUCUCUUGCCGUGUUAAUAUCUGGCUCGUCUAUGAAUUUACAAGUGAUCAUGUGUAUGUAAAAUGUGUUUAAGGGUUUAUAAUGAGUCACGAUUUACACAGGUUUUGCAAAUGAGAUGAGCUUUUUUUGUUGUUCUAAUGAAAUGUAAUGAGUAUUUCUCCAAAUUAUGGUGUUAGGUCCCUCUAUGUAUUUCAGUGUAAUUUGUGUAAAAUGUUUACUCUACAUUGAAAUUGCCUGAUGUUCUAUUUUGUAUAACAGAGUAUAUUUUGUUUAUUUGUAACCACUUUUAUGUUUGAUUGAUACCCAAAGGGUAUUCAACAUAUUUAAAAUUAAAACAGUACUUGGAAAUAUUUUACUACUUAUUUUAUUGCAUUAGUGUGUCUCUGUCACUCAUACUUUAUAUAUGAUAUUUAAGUCAUUUUAACCAUUAAAAAGUUACGACAUACAGUUAAUAUAUUAAAAAUUAUUUAAACUUU